GAACGGCGGACUGCGUUGUAUCUUAGCAAUAUGGCUACGUGUCGAGUAUACUUGUAGCGCGUUGGGGGCACGAUCGUACUAAGUACUACCCGCGGGUUUAACGAUCGUUUAAUAAGACGGCAUCGAUCGACUUACUGAUCAUGAACAUGUCAACGACUAGCAAAUGGGAUUUGUCCCGGGAGGACAUCAAAAGUGCAGCAAAGGAUGAAAAGGAGUUGCUAUUGGAGCACGACAGCGAUCCGGAUGAAAAUAUGCUGUUCAAUCAACCAAGUACGUCCGCAGAAACUAAAGUGGAUGGGAAGAUGGAUAAUGUUAGGCUGCAAAUUCAGGAAGUCACGGAGGUGAUGCGGAAAAAUGUCCAGAAGGUAAUGGAGCGUGGAGAGAGGCUGGAGGAUCUACAAGAAGUUAGCGAUCGACUGAGUAUGGUUGGAAACGAAUUUAGAGCGGCAGCGAAGAAAGCUCAACAGAGGGCGUGGUUGCAGAACUUUAAAACAAGAAUCGUUCUCGUCACUAUUACGGUGACCGUCGUCGUCUGUAUCAUCGUAUCCAUCGUCGUGAAAUAUUCGUAACCGAGGCACCUUCCGGAUUGAAACACACUUUGCGAGCGUACGUUUAUAUUUGUACCUGUCUUUCAUGGAUUAUCUACGUGUAUUAUUAUCAUAAGUUUAUAUAAAUACAUAUAUUGUUGUUUUUAAUCGAUU